AUGUCUACCCGAGCAAAGAGAGGGCAUGUUCCAGAAUGUGAAGCAGAUGAUUUACAAGAUGGCAGCGACCAACAAGGGGCAAUAAGUGGCCAUAUUUCUGGACAAGAGAAUGUGGCUGAAUUGUCCAAACUUUUGCAAACUCUGAUGCAACAGCAGGCUGAACGCGAUGCUAAACUGGAGCAAGAGCACAAGCGCCAGGAUGAUAGAUGGAGGCAAAUCCGGCAUCAGUUUGCCCAGCUUCAACAGCAGAUGCAGCAUGGCAAUCUAGAGCAUGAGUUACUUGAAGUACAAGCAUCUACAUCGGCUUCUUCGAGAGCACCUACUCCAGAACCAUCUGCCAGCACACAAGAAUCAAAUAGGCUUGACUUGGAGCCGGCACAUCAACGCAGUGAGGCACAGCUUUCAACACUGGUGAGACAUUCAGGCUGGAAGGGGCCAAAAAUGCAACCUUACAAUGAAGGUGAGGACAUUGAACAUUAUUUAAUCACCUUUGAAAGAAUUGCUCAUGCUUGCCAGUGGCCGCGAGAUGAGUGGGCUCUUCACCUAGCACCACUGCUAGCUGGUAAAGCACGUUCCGCUUAUGUAGCCAUGGAUAUUGAUGACACUAUGGACUAUGCAAAAGUAAAGUGUGCUGUCUUGCAGAAAUAUGAAAUAAGUGUUGACACCUAUCGAAUGAGGUUUCGUUCUAGUACCUUUGGAGCAGAGGAAACACCAAGGGAGCUGCAGGUCCGCCUAAAGGAGUUGUACAUCAAGUGGAUGAAUCCUGAAACAAAGACAAAGGAUCAAAUCGGAGACGCCAUCAUCAUGGAACAGUUUCUCAAGGUUUUGAAUCCUGAUCUUCGGACGUGGGUUAAGGAACGUAACCCAAAGACUUCCAAGGAAGCAGCAGAACUGGCUGAAGCUUUCUUAGCAGCUCGUCGACCAUCAAAAGACUUCACACCAGUUAAGUCAAAUUCCAACGUGCCAUUCAACAAGUUAGGUGGUGGCCCUGACUUGAAAGUUAAGCACACAAGACAGAACUG